AGUUGUUUUCCGGGUUGAGCCGCAGUGCAUACUGGGACAUGUUCUGUCCAGCGGGCAGCGUUGGCGCGUUAUUUUGAAACGAAAGAUGGAGCUAAUACGCGCGUUUCAGUUAUUAAAAUUAAACAGCGUUUCUGAAGCCUGGGUGGAUGCAGUGUGGGAUUUUGAGUUUACCCACACAGACCCUCUGGACCCUGUUAUUGAGGAGGAGAUAAAGGAAAACCCUGAUGUUUUCAAAACUGUUUACAUGCAACUGCUGCCCUUCUCCACUGAUGAUAAUGAUGACAACACACAGAGCGUCUGGGUCGUGUUUGGUGAGAAUGGUGUCUCUCCAAAAGCUUUGGUGGCUGUUCUUUCCUAUUUCAUUCUUAGUGCUAAAGGCAAAAGUCCCAGUCUUGAGCAGAGACAGUGUGGUCUACAGGCAGCUUCUCUGUAUUUGUUGCUGCUGAAAAUACCAGGGAGUGUUGCGAAUAAAGUGUACCAUCAGAUCCUCUUUGAUACCUGUCUAAACAUGCCACUGAAAUGCUGGCCACAAGACUCUGGCAGGAAACGAAAGAAAGAGUCAGUGAAAAGCUCCCAGGGUGAUCCUAAAAGUGGAAAACGAUCCAAACCUCCCAAAAAAGUAUCAGAGGAGAUGGAAAUUGACGGUGAUGAAGAUGAUGAAGAGGAGGCGAUGUACUUUUCUGCACAGGACUUGCUAAAAAUAAGAGAAGAUAUUGUAAUGCUGGUUCGUGCACUCCUGAGACUUUUAGAGAAGUUUUCUCUUAAAGACAAACCUCAGAGUACUGACAGCUGUGUUCAGCUUUUCACUGAACUUACUAACUUUGAACCAGUCAUCGGAGAUCUGUCAUUCUCUCAGGGAAGAAAUGUUGACCAGUUAGAGAGCUUACCUGAGCUGGCCUAUCACGGACUGGGCAUUCUCUGCUCAGCCAUUCAUGGUGAAGGAGAUGAGUGCCGUCGUCGAGUGUUUCGAAAGCUUCUGUAUGUGAUUUUGAUGAUGAAAACACAAGAGCGGUCAAAGCCGUGUCUUCUUGCCUCAUCUCAGGCAGUCCACAGUGCCAGAGACCAGGCUAUCCGUUUUAUUAGCCAUAUCAUUGAUGAGCAGAGGGAGGCCACAUUGCCACUUUUACGAAUUCUUGUGCAACACAUUUGUCAUCAGAUGGUCGAGAAGUCUGAAUAUCGAGCCAGUGGAGCACAGGCUGUCGGGAAGUUGAUGGCUAAGAUGCCGUGUCAGGACUAUGCAGCUCUUGUUAAGUGGAUCCAUAACUACUCUCGAAACAACAAGGUUGCCUUCCGAAUGUUUGCGCUGGAUGUGGCCAUGGUCCUUCUGGAGCAGGACGAAAGGGACGUGGAUGACACUGUGGACCCUGGGUUGGCUGUGUAUUUGUCUCACAGGUUCCUAGUGCACAACAUAGUUUAUGGUCAUCGUAACGAUGUCUCGCCCUCAGUCAGAGGUCACGCGCUCCACUGCCUUGCCCAGUGUCUGGAGCUACGCUCCCAGAAUGCCACGAAAUGUGUCCAUGAGCUCUUCUCCAACACAGGUUCUCAGACUAUGCUGGAGACAGGCCGAUCUGAACAAACUCUGAAGAGAGGAGAGACGGGCCAGAAAACGGCCAUGACCUUCAGAACCAUUGAACUCACGAAGCACAAAAGCAUCACCACGACCCAUAGGAGUGAUAUUAGCGCAUCCUUACAGAAUGAUGACACUGUGACUCUGUUUAAAAAGCACGUCAGUGACCCAAAAACAAAUGCAAGGAAAAGUGCAUUGGAGACUGUCAUGAGUCUGCUGAAGCAUGGGGUGAUCUCAUGCAGUGCAGAGAACCUAAGUAUCCUGUCAGAUCGUUGCAGGGAUCCUGCUGUCUCAGUAAAGAAGAAAGCCAUGCAGUGCCUUAUGGAUCUCCUCGCUGCUCUGUCUGACAAUAUGGAUGUGCAGGAGGCGUGGCUGAGAGGAGUUUUGCCAGCUGUCAUUGACUCCGAGAGCUCUGUGCAGGAAAAGGCUCUAGAGUGCCUGGACCUUGUCAUCCUAACACACAUUAAAAGUCAAGGCAAAUAUCAUCAUAACGACACCUCACAGAGACUUGCCUGGGACUUGCUGGGUCUAAUGUGUGAAAAGUGUGAAGACCUCAGCCGGUAUUUCAGCAAAGCUUUCAGCGUAUGGUCUUCCCAGCAGAAGUUUACUCCUGCCUUUGUGAACGGUCUGCUCUCGCACACAGAGGGAGAGAGGGCUGCUGCCGCCUGGCUGCUGUUAGCCAAAAUUGCAAGCUGCUCUCCUAAACUCAAUUACGGCACCGUGUUAGAGACCUGGGAGAAGACAGUCAGUUCACCAGUUACUUCAGUUUCAAUGACCUGCCAUAUCUUGAGCGUUAUGGGUGACAUUUCUUCUAAUCUCAACGAAGACACCAAGAACAGAGUAGUGGAUGAUCUGCUAGGCUGGUUGAAGACUUUUAGCCUGCCUUUGGAGGUUAUCAGUUCCUGUGUGGAUACUCUACUCAGAUUUGGAAAAUCUGAGAAUGCACAGGACACACUGAGGUUUCUGGACCGUUUCUGUGGAGAGCUGGUCUCAAUUUGUGAGGCAUAUCUGUCCAGUGUCAUUCUAAAUGAGAACGGGGCUGAGAACAUCAAUGUAGAUCUUCUGGUGAAACAUCUUUUUACACUCGGUGUCGCUUCUCUACAUUGCCCUUCUAAAGUGGGGAAGAGAAUUUUUCUUCUGGUUCAGUCCAUUCUCACUCCCUGUGAGCAGCAAGGUCAUGUUGAAGGUGAUGAGCUGCCCACUAGUCAGCCUCUGUCACAGUUCAAACCCAAUUCCAUGCCCACAGUGGUGCGAGCACAUGCUGUUAUUGCAUUAGGUAAGUUAUGUCUGCAGCACGAGGAGCUGAUGUUGAAGUAUCUGCCGGUGUUUGCGCGGGAACUGGAGGUGGGCACAGAGCUAGCUGUGCGCAGUAACGUGGUGGUGGUCAUGUGCGAUCUCUGCGUGCGUUACACCAACACGGUGUCGCGAUAUAUCCCCAAUAUAUCAGCCUGCCUGAGAGACAAAGAGCCCAUCGUCAGAGAGCAGACCCUUAUUAUGCUCACCAACUUACUGCAGGAGGAGUAUGUGAAAUGGAAAGGUGCACUGUUUUUCCGCUUCGCUGUUGUUCUCGUGGACCCUGAUCCUACCAUUGCAGAUCUCUGUGAGUACUGCCUGGUAGAUCUCCUGCUUAAAAAGAGUCCACUCAUGUUUUCCCAGCACUUCAUUGAGUGCAUUUUCCACUUUAACUCCUAUGAGAAACACAAGAAAUAUAAUAAAUUCCCUCAAACUGAGAGUGAAAAAAGCAGGUUUUCUCUGAAAGGUCCUCAGAAUCAAGGCAAGCGUUUCAGGAUCUACAAGUUCCUGUUGAAAAACUUUACUGAUGAGCAACGCUUCAAUAUCACAACCAAACUCUGCCAGGAUAUCCUGGCCAGUUUUGUUGAUUCUGACCUCCCUCUGGACUCGGACGGCUCUGAGUUGCUUGCUGACACAUUUGAUGUCCUCUCCCUGAAGGAGAUGAAACUGACAGCCAUGAGUGGCCCAGCAGCAGGAGAGGAACCUCAGGAGGAUGAGAUGGCCAUGGCUAAAGCUGUUUUACAAGUGGCCCAGAAAAAGCUGGUCUCACAGGUCCAGAAGAGGAACUUUGUGGAGAAUGUUAUUCCUAUCGUCAUUAGUCUGAAGAAUAUGCUGGAAGAGCAUCACUCGCCUGUUAUCAAACACCUUAUGGCCUACCUACAGGUGACCAUGCAGGACUAUCGUUCAGAAGUAAAGGAGCUGUUUGCUGGUGAUGAACAGUUGGCUGCAGAGGUGGAGUAUAACCUGAAGCACUUUGAAAAGCAGAAACAACAACAAGAAGAACAGCAGAUGGAAAAGCAACUGGCCAGCUUCACAUUAUCUCCCAAUAGAAACGGUAACACUGUGGCUUCUCCUGCCCAGGCAGCAAAUCAGUCAGAUUUUGACACGCGUACUCAAGCUACAAAGGGACCUGCGCAAACCCCUAAAUCUGCUGAUGCUUUAAGGCGACGUACUUUUGCUGGCAUGGUGACCCCUGUCAGAAGACAUACUUCCUUUACAGUGAAUUCAACAGGACGAGCAAAACAGGCUGGGAGAGCCAUUAGUACUCCACAGGUGAGCAUCAACGAAGUGACAUUUGGAGAGCAAGUCAGUGCUAUCUGCAGUGAAUCUGGAAAAGGCAGUAAGGAUGUGGAGGAAGAAGAGAGCAUUUUACAUCUGAUGUCACCUGAGCAACAAAAACCAGUGCCUAGGCAGUGGAAUGUGGAAUCUCCUCUUGUCCAAAAAACGCGAACUAGAAAAAGGUUGUAAACAUGCAUAUAUUGUAAUAUGAUUAUUCCUUUUUUGGAAGUAUUGUUGGACAAUACUUUCAAUGCCUUUUAUGUAUCAUCAGAUUCUCCUCUAAAGUGUGUUAUAUUGUCGGAAAGUAUCUACCUUAACUAGCCAUCUGCAUCAUUGGUGAAGGGUUAUACUUUGUAGGAUUUACCUGCUCUAUAUUUUUAAACCGCAAUGAUGUGCUGUAAAUCAUUGAUAAGUGAAACAUAAAUAUUAAAAGAAAA